CUCACCCACAUCCACUCCGACGACCAUGAAGGCCGCCGCCCGCAUCGUCCCCGCCUUCCGACAGGCCCUGUUGAGGCAACCCGUCUCGCGCGCGGCGCUCGCUGGCCCAAGCCAGGUGCGCGGGCUGGCGACCGAGGCUGCAGAGCCUGCGCCCGAGGCUUCCGCCUCCGUCGCCGUCCCCGAAAUCCCUGCCAACCUCACCUUCCUCGACAUGGCGCCGGCCACGAAGAAGCAGAGCGCCGCUGCGUUGCGCGAGCUUGGCUUCCCUCUCCACACCAUCUCGCGCGCCACACGCUACGACGACAUCGAGCAUCCUCUCUCCUCCCUCGCGUCCGACCACCCCACGCACGCCCUGCCAUCUGGCGAGAAGAUCCUCCUCCCGCGCGACGUCUUCAACAAGCCGCUGAGGAAAGACAUCCUCCACCGCAACGUCACCUGGUUCCUUGCCAACAUGCGUGAGGGAAACCAACACACCAAGAAGCGCAGCACGAUCGCAUACUCGGGGCGCAAGAUUCGGCCGCAGAAGGGCUCGGGUAGGGCGCGUCUCGGCGACCGCGGAGCAGGUACCCUCCGCGGCGGUGCCCCCAUCUUCCCCCUCACGCCGCGCGACUGGAGCCAGAAGCUGCCGCGCAAGGUGCAGGAGCUCGGUCUGCGGACAGCGCUCAGCGCCAAGCUGCGCGAGGGAUUCAUGCGUAUUGUCCCCGACCUGAACGAGGGAAUGUGGCCCGGCACGAACGCGGCGAUCCGUGCGCUCGGCGACGGCCUCGUCAACGGCGAGUGGGUGCACCGCUUCGGACCGCGCCCCGACCUCUCCAUCCUCUUCGUCCACGCGCCGACCAAGGACAAGAAGGACGUUGCCGAGUUCUGGCGUACCGUCCGCAACCAUCCUGGCAUCGACAUGAUGUCCACCGACGAGGUGCUCGUGUACGACAUUCUCAAGUACCGCUGGGUUGUGCUUGAGGUGGACGCCGUCGAUGCCAUUGCGGGCAACCCCUUCGCAGGCAUCGAGUACGACCCUGCACUCGCCGCUCAGGUCGAGGAGAUGUUUGCAUCCCAGGUUCAGCUGUAGACUAACUAGCAUUACAUCAUGCACUCUUCCAUUAUGAUCA